ACAUAUAAAAGCACCAACUUUUUCCUUUGUAAUCAAAUGGAGAAGAGAGCUGCUACAGUCCAUUUACUGUAUUCCAGAACGGACCGCAAAAAUGUGUAACAGCGACCAGUCGAGUUUGACGAUUGAGUGCCCUAGCACUGAACUUCCGAAAUUUUAUGAGGAAUGUGCUAAAAAUCCAGACAUGGAUGUGUCCGAGAAGAUGAAGUUUGAAAUCAUUAGAUUCUCGACUUUUAGCGCUUUGAAGGACUGUCCAAUUGCUUUUAUGAAACUAUCUAAAGCUGGAUUUUACUACGAUAAUGCUUCAAAAGCCAUUAUCUGCUUUAAAUGUGGUUAUGUUUAUGAAAAUAUUCAAUCAAACGACGACCCCAUGGAAAUACACUUCAAGAAUUCACCGAACUGCGAUUUCGUUCAAAAGCAUUAUGACGCUAGUCGUUUAGCUUCAAGCGACGCCAGAGCAGAGAGUUUUUCAAAUGCUGAAGGAGCUUGUGGUGGGCAAUCGGACAUUCAUCAAUCAAACUCCUACCAAAGAAGAGCCCAAGAAAGAGAAAAUGUUUCUCAAAAUGAGAACCCUACUCGAACACCAACAAAUGAAGAAAUGCAAUCUUAUGAAACAGAAAAUCAAUCUGUUAUUUCCGAGAAUAAUUAUCAAAACAAUACCAGCACUUCAAACCACGCAUCUACACCUAUGCCGCAAAUUUCAUCUCAACCAGUUUCUGAUCACGUACCGAGUGGAAGUCGGCCCAAAAAGGCCAAGGAAGUAUUCAAGGACCUUGGAAUCUGCGUUGAAAAGCCCAAAUAUCCGAAAUAUUCCAUCUUGGCCACAAGAAUUGCAUCUUUCAAGAAUUGGCCCAUAUCAGACAUUGUUAGUCCCAAUGACCUCUCUAAAGCAGGCUUUUACUACAAUGGAACAAAUGAGACCGUAUGCUGUUUCUUCUGUGGCGGGAAACUGGCAGAGUGGAAACGAGGAGAUGACCCUUGGAUUGAGCAUGCGCAUUGGUUUCCCAACUGUCAAUUUGUUCAACAGUGCAAGGGCAACAGUUCAUUCAAAAAUAAACAAGAUCAAAAAGAAGAGUUAACGCAACCUGAAGAUCCAUUUGAGACAGCUGCAUUUAAAAGUGUGAUGGAGUUGGGAUACACCAAAGCUCAGAUCAAGACAGUUUAUGACAAUAUACAGAACAAAGUGAACCUGUCUGCAAAAGAAUUGUUAGAGUUAUUAAUGGAUAAAGAGGACAAGGAAUCAGAAAAGCACAAAAAAGCAAGACGUAAGUGUUCAAAGAAAGAACAUGUUAAAGAUAAAGGAGGGGACGAAAAGGAAGAAAAAAUACAGCAAGAAAAACAACCCAAAAAACAGGAAGAAUCUGGCAAAUCAAACAAACAAGAAGUGAAGGCACUUGUUUCAGAAUACCAAGGACUAAAAGAACAAACCAGAUGUAAAAUUUGUUUGGAGGAAGACGCCACCGUUGUUUUCUUGCCCUGUGGUCACAUGUGUACCUGUGUCAACUGUUCACCUGCCAUGCGCAAGUGUCCGAUUUGUAGAACGUUUGUUAAAGGAACAGUGAAAGCUAUUUUAAGCUGAAGA